AUGCAAGCAGACAAAAAUUACGCGAAACUUUACAAACAGAAUAUUCAUGCACUUUUCGAAAAGGGCUAUGCAGAAAUAUGUCUGAGUCCUCCAGUAGGUAUCACAUGGUAUUUACCACACUUUGGGGUAGUCAAUGCAAAUAAACCGGGAAAACUGCGUAUAGUGCAUGACGCAGCUGCAAAAUUUCAAGGGAUCAGUUUAAACUCUUUACUAUUGCCGGGUCCUGAUCUAUUACAACCACUUCUCGCAAUUCUUAUGCGCUUUCGGGAAGAUCCUAUUGCCCUCACAGCAGACAUAAGGGAGAUGUUUCCACAGGUGUUAAUUAGAGAACAAGAUCGCGACUCUCAAAGAUUCAUUUGGCGUGACGACCCAAGUGAACCUUUGGGACUAUACCGAAUGUCUGCUAUGAUUUUUGGAGCUUGUUCAAGCCCGUGUACAGCUUUGUACGUAAAAAAUUUGAACGCAAAAGAACAUGAGCGUGAGUUUCCCGAUGCAUCUCAUGCUACUGUUUACGACGUCUACAUGGAUGAUUACAUCGCUUCUGUAGAUAAUGUAUAUAAAGCAGCAAAUUUAGCGUCUGACAUUGUAAAUUUAAAUAAAAAGGCUAACUUUUUGAUGAGGGAUUGGAUUUCAAAUGAUCCACAAGCACUUAGCCACUUGCCUUCUGAAUUACGUUCGAAAAAGUUAGAGGCUGUCAAUUUAGGUGAGAGCUCCGUAAACGUGUCUACUAGAGUUCUGGGCUUAAAAUGGCAGCCUGACCGGGACAUAAUUAGUUUUAACUAUUUGGAAGAUUUUACAGUAUCAAAUGUACUUACAAAACGUAACGCUCUGUCUCAUUUGAUGCGCAUAUAUGAUCCUUUGGGUUUGUUAGGGCCACUAGUCUCAAGGGGGCGUAUAUUGUUUCAGACUAUUUGGCGUAAGGGUAUAGAUUGGGAUGAUCAACUCUCUCAGACUGAUCAGAAAUUAUGGCGGGAACUUUUUGAAGAUUUACUAGCUACUUCACAGCUUCAACUUCCUAGAUAUUACAGUCUGAGCGGGUUGGUUCAAGAGCGCGAGCUUCAUAUUUUUUCUGACGCCAGUGAACUGGCAUACGCGGCGGUAUGCUAUUGGCGCAUUAUCUUUUCCGAUGGUCGUGUGAAGCUCUCUCUCAUAUGUAGCAAAAGUAGAGUAGCACCACUCAAACCCAUCUCCAUCCCUCGCUUGGAAUUACAGGGUGCAUUAUUAGCAGCACGUUUAGCAUCAUUUGUUGAAAAUUCCCACAAGUACAAGCCGGUCAAAAGAGUGUUUUGGUGUGACUCUCUAAACGUCCUUGCAUGGUUGCGUAGUGACGCGCGUUCGUAUAAGCCGUUUGUAGCACAUAGAAUUGGCGAAAUUCUUGAACUCAGUCAGGUAAAAGAAUGGCGAUGGGUUCCAUCAUUACACAAUCCUGCAGAUGACGCAACUCGUUCAAAACGUCUUGCACUUUAUCAAAAUUCACGUUGGGUAGUUGGACCUAGGUUUUUGAUUAAAUCGAUAGAAGAGUGGCCAUCAUUUCCAUCCGUAGAUAUGGCCGAAAAGAGUAACUUAGAAUUAAAAUCAUCCAUUCCGUGCAAUCUCAUUUCGUUAGAACUCACUUCCAUGCCACUUAGUAUCGAUCCUAACAGACUCAGUUCUUACCUAAGAUUAAUACGAGCAACGGCUAGAGCACAUAAAUUUGUAAAACUAUUGAAGGAUAAAUCUGUUCAGAAAGACCUCACUGCCGAAGACCUACGUCUUGCGGAAAUUCAUGUGCUACGACAUAGUCAGCUUGAGUCAUUCCCCGAAGAAAUAAAUUGUUUGAAGAACCACCGUCCCUUACCACGCAAAAGUAGACUUUUCCAUCUGUCACCUGCUUUCGACGAACACAACCUCCUGCGCAUAAAUGGUAGAAUAAAUAGAGCUCCAGAUAUUGGCGAAGAUAUAAAAUGCCCUAUAAUUUUACAUCAUAAGCACCCAACUACGAAGCUCUUGCUCAAUUUUUACCACAGGAAGGCGGCGCAUGGAAACCAUGAAAUGGUGGUCAAUGAAGUCCGCCAGCGGUACUGGGUGAUAAAUCUUCGUAGCGCUGUGCGUUCAGUAGCUUUUCAUUGUCCAUUGUGUCGAAUAAAACGUGCCAAGCCCCUAAACCCGCCGAUGGGAGAUUUGCCAGCCGUACGUUUGAGUCAUCAUAGAAGACCCUUCACGUUUGUGGGUUUGGAUUAUUUCGGUCCUGUUACAGUGACUAUAGGCAGAAGAACUGAGAAACGCUAUGUUGCGCUAUACACCUGCUUAGUCAUUCGGGCUAUUCACUUGGAAAUCGUUCAUAAUUUAUCCGCAGAUUCCGCAUUAAUGAGUUUACGACGAUUUUGUGCCCGUCGCGGCACACCGAGCGAAAUAUGGUCGGACAACGGAACAGCCUUCGUUGGAGCAAGUAGAAUGUUAAGAGAACUAUAUGGGGCGGCGAUUACCACUUUUGCCGCCAAUGAAAACAUCGUCUGGAAGUUUCUUCCUCCCUCCGCACCUUUUAUGGGGGGCGUAUGGGAAAGACUUGUCCGAUCAGUCAAGACCGCAUUAAGAGUAACCUUGCACAGUCGUUCACCAUCAGAAGAGGUAUUUUGCACACUUUUACUUGAAGCUGAAGGCUUGAUAAAUUCUCGACCACUUACACAUGUACCACCUGAUGCAGACAGUCAGGAAGCGUUGACGCCUUUUCAUUUUAUAUUGGGAGCUUCUUCAGGUCGGCCUAUCCCUGUCGCCGUUACUGACAGAGACUUAGUGAGCAGAGCCAGUUGGCGAAAAGCAGUAAGACUUCUGGAUUUCUUUUGGUCUAGAUGGGUCCGCGAAUAUUUACCGACUCUUAACCCAAGACGUGGUGGAGGAACGGAUACAACUGUAAAAGAGGGUGACAUAGUUUUGGUCGUAGAUGACCAGCUACCACGUGGAACAUGGCCAAGAGGAAGAGUGUGUAAAGUUUACUUUGGACGAGAUGGAAAAAUCAGAGUAGCCGACGUGAUGACUGGAGCUGGAAUGCUCAAGCGUCCAUCUAAGAAGCUAGUGCUUCUUUGA